UUAAAUAAGUUCUAUGGCUGCCCAAAAGACAGGUGUAAUCUGAUGGUGUUGAAGGACACACUGAAGAAGAUGCAGAAGUUUUUUGCUUUAACUGAGACAGGGGAGAUUGACCAGAAGACAGUAGAGAUCAUGAAGAAACCACGAUGUGGAGUUCCUGAUGUGGCAAAUUACAAUUUCUUUCACAGGAAGCCCAAGUGGGGACAGAACAACGUUACCUACAGGAUCUUAGGGCACACCCCAGAUCUGGAUGAAGAAACAAUUGAUGAUGCCUUCUAUGGUGCAUUUAAAGUCUGGAGUGAUGUCACACCUCUGAAAUUCACCAGGAUCAUGGAUGGAGAAGCGGACAUCAUGAUUAACUUUGGCCGAAAUGAACAUGGUGAUGGUUACCCGUUUGAUGGGAAGGAUGGUCUUCUGGCUCAUGCCUUCGCUCCGGGACCUGGUAUUGGGGGAGACUCUCACUUCGAUGAUGAUGAGCUGUGGACAUUGGGAGAGGGACAAGUGGUAAAGGUGAAGUAUGGUAAUGCAGAGGGGGAGUUCUGUAAGUUUCCAUUCUUGUUCAUGGGUAAAGAGUACACCAGCUGCACCUCUCAGGGUCGAGAUGAUGGGUUCCUUUGGUGCUCUACCACAUACAACUUUGAUGAAGAUGCAAAGUAUGGCUUCUGUCCUCAUGAACUCCUGUUUACAUUGGGUGGAAAUGCAGAUGGAGCUCCUUGUAAGUUCCCCUUCACAUUCCAGGGGGAAAAAUAUGAUAGUUGCACCACCUCAGGCCGGGAUGAUGGGUACCGUUGGUGUGCCACUACCGAAGAUUACGACCGUGACAAGAAUUAUGGAUUCUGUCCUGAGACAGCCAUGUCAACAGUCGGAGGAAAUUCAGAGGGGGCACCCUGCGUCUUCCCCUUUAAAUUUCUGGGCAAUACUUACGACUCCUGCACCACGUCGGGUCGUAGUGAUGGGAAGAUGUGGUGUGCUGUCACCAAAAGCUUUGAUGACGACCGCAAGUGGGGCUUUUGUCCUGACCAAGGCUACAGUCUAUUCCUAGUGGCGGCCCAUGAGUUCGGCCAUGCCCUGGGUUUGGAGCACUCUGAGGACCCUGGAGCCCUCAUGGCACCCAUCUACACAUUCACCAAAACCUUGAGGUUGUCUGAUGAUGAUGUUAAAGGCAUCCAGGAGCUCUAUGGUGUACCAACAGACAAACCAUUGCCCACUGAACUCCCACCGGUCACGCCAAUGGAUGUAUGUAAUGAAAACAUUAUAUUUGAUGCUGUAGCCCAGAUCAGAGGAGAGAUCUUCUUCUUUAAGGACAGAUUCCUCUUCAGGACUGCUGAUGUCAGGAGGAAGCCAACAGGCCCCAUGCUGGUGGCUACAUUCUGGAGUGAACUUCCAGAGAAGAUUGAUGCAGCUUAUGAGAAUCCUUUAGAGGAGAAGACUGUCUUCUUUGCAGGUGAUGAGAUGUGGGUAUAUUCUGCCAGUACUCUGGAGCGAGAUUAUCCCAAGAAGAUCUCCAGCAUGGGUCUUCCUUCAGAUUUGCAUGGAAUUGAUGCUGCCUACUCCUUCCACAAGAGCAAGAAGACUUACAUAUUUGCUGGAAACAAGUUCUGGAGAUACAAUGAAGCCAAGAAAAAGAUGGAUCCAGGCUUCCCUAAACUUAUUGCAGAUUCUUGGAGUGCUGUCCCUGAUGACCUAGAUGCUGCUCUCAGUCUCAAUAGUGACGGUCACAGCUACUUCUUCAAAGACUCCCACUAUCUCAAAAUGGAUGACAGCACUCUGAAAAUGAUUAAAGUUGGGGAGAUCAAAAAGGACUGGCUACGUUGCUGAACAUUCAGCCCUGGCACUCUGUGAUGACCUUCAUCACUAGAUAAACAAGGCCAGUGUUACCUUGCCAAAUGACAGCACUCAAAUUUACCAUUCUGCCCCGCCUGGUUAGUCAGAGCCUAUAAGAUUAUAACCUAUCCUUAGCUAACCAGAGCGGCCUGAAAGCCUUCACAGCCUGGACCAUCUCUGCAUGCCAAACAUAGGCAGAAAAGACUGUCAUUUUUGUUGUUUUGUCAUUGCGUGAUAUUUUUUGUUCAUUUUUAAUUAUGAAAGGGUUUAGCUCCUACCCCUUAAUAUAGCCUACAUGUAGAUUAUCAGAUUUAAAAGGACUUAUGACAUUUCCCAGUUACAUGUAAAUGUGGCAGUGGUGUCAGUGAGAUGUAUCUCCUUUUUUUUUUUUUUUUUCACAGAAUAAAUUCAUCCAAGCAAUAU